UUUGCUGUAUUUUGCAAUCGGCUCUGCUUAGUCUCCUUUUGCUAUAAAACCACCUUAUUUGGCUGUAUUUACUUUAUUCCUCGAUCGUUCGUGUUGGUGCAUCCUGUCAACAAGCUGCCAUGGUGUCCAUUGGUUUGCUUACUCUAUUGGUAACGAUAGCCGUUGUUGGCGGAAGAUCUUCGUGUGAUUGUGAUGACGUCUAUGACCCCUGGUGUGGAGACGAAGGGACUUACAGCAACCUCUGUGAACUACAGUGCGCAGGCGAUGAAAUAGAGGGUCAUGACACUUGUGAGAACAUUGAGAAAUGUCUGGAUGCUUUACAAGACACAAACGACGGGAUCGAAGUCUGCGCCGAGCAUGGAAUCACAUUCGAUAACGCCGAAGAAAUGAAAUGCCACAAAUUGGGUUUUGUACAUGACGGCGAGUGUGAAAACUGAGAAGCGGGCGCUACCGAUUUCAGAGAAAAUGGUAUUACAUUAUAAAUGGAAACUCGUGUUAUAGAUAUACCAAACGUAUCGGGAAAGCACCAUUCUUUUAGAAAAUACUGAUUUAUUUGCUGAUUAAAGAAUUAAAAAAAAUA